UGGUUAGACCAAGCAGGGUCCACUAGCCUUGGGCUGCAGGGAGGCUGCCGUGUCCCCUGAGCACCUGUGGCACAGCGGGCCCUACGAGCCGCAGUACUCAUCUAGCUGGGCCUUCCCACCCAAGCCCACCCAGUCUACCCAGACCAGCACCCCCUCUCCCUGCUCUGCGCACCACCAGCACUCCCACAGACUUGGCAAGAGAAGCUGCCCACUUUGCCAAGAUGUCCAAGGUAGCCAAGUAUCGGCGGCAGGUGAGUGAAGACCCUGACAUCGACAGCCUGCUGUCCACCCUCUCCCCUGAGGAGAUGGAAGAACUGGAGAAGGAGCUGGAUGUGGUGGACCCAGAUGGGAGCAUCCCUGUGGGGCUGCGGCAGAGGAACCAAACGGACAGACAGCCCUCUGGCACGUUCAACCGGGAAGCCAUGCUCAACUUCUGUGAAAAGGAGACCAAGAAGCUCAUUCAGAGGGAGAUGUCCAUAGAAGAAAGCAAGCAAGUGGGGAGGAAGACAGAUGCCAAGAACGGAGAGGAAAAGGGCAGUGAUGCCAGCAGGAAGGCCCUAGGCCCCAGACAGGACUCAGACCUGGGCAAAGAGCCCAAGAAGGGUGUUUUGAAGAAAAGUUUCUCCAGGGACCGAGAGGAGACUGACGGCAGAGGGGCUGAGAAGCCCAAGGAGGAGAAGGUCAUCAGGGGCAUUGACAAGGGCCGGGUCAAGGCUGCGGUGGACAGGAAGGAGGCUGGGAAGGAUGGCAAAGAGGAGAGGACAGCAGCCCCGAAGAAGGAAGAAGACAAGACGGGGAGUAUGAGGAACGCAGGCUUGAACAGAGAGAAAGACAAGAAGAGGGAGGAGGAGCCCAGCAAGAAAGAGGAAGAGAAGCAAAUGGCAAAGAGCAGAGGCACAGUCUCCCAAAGGGAGGACGAGAGGCCCAAAAAGCCAAGUGAGGGCACAGAGAAGAGAGCCGAGGAUGAGGGUGCGCUAAAAGGAAGUGGGGACAGAGACUCGAGAAAGGAGGAGGAAAAGGCUAAGAAGGAAGAGAACCGACCUGAUAAGGACAUCAAGGAAGAGAGCAAGACCAAAGCCUCAGAGAAGCCGGCCCCUAGUGGCCCCAGCAAGCCCUCUGAAGGGCCAGCCAGAGCAGAGGAGGAAGCAGCUCCCAGCAUAUUUGAUGAACCUCUGGAGCGAGUAAAGAACAACGACCCAGAGAUGACCGAGGUGAACGUCAACAACUCUGACUGCAUCACCAAUGAAAUCCUGGUCCGCUUCACCGAGGCCUUGGAGUUCAACACCGUGGUCAAGGUGUUCGCCUUGGCCAAUACUCGGGCCGACGACCAUGUGGCCUUUGCCAUUGCCAUCAUGCUUAAGGCCAAUAAGACCAUCACCAGCCUCAACCUGGACUCCAAUCACAUCACUGGCAAAGGCAUCCUGGCCAUCUUCCGGGCCCUCCUCCAGAACAACACGCUGACAGAGCUGCGUUUUCACAACCAGAGGCACAUCUGUGGAGGCAAGACCGAGAUGGAGAUCGCCAAGCUGCUCAAGGAGAACACUACCCUGCUCAAGCUGGGCUACCAUUUUGAGCUGGCUGGGCCCCGGAUGACUGUCACCAAUCUGCUUAGCCGCAACAUGGACAAGCAGCGACAGAAACGGCUGCAAGAGCAAAAGCAGGCUCAGGAAGCCAGCGGAGAGAAGAAGGACCGGCUGGAGGUGCCCAAGGUUGGGGCUCUGGCCAAGGGCUCCCCCAAACCUUCACCCCAGCCAUCUCCAAAGCCUGCUCCAAAGAACUCACCUAAGAAAGCAGGUGCUCCGGCAGCCCCGCCUCCCCCUCCCCCUCCGCUGGCCCCACCCCUUAUCAUGGAGAAUCUCAAGAACUCACUGUCACCAGCUACCCAGAGGAAGAUGGGAGACAAAGUGUUCCCUGCCCAGGAGAAGAACUCACGUGACCAGCUCCUGGCUGCCAUCCGUUCCAGCAACCUUAAGCAGUUGAAGAAGGUGGAGGUGCCCAAACUGCUUCAAUAGGACCAGGCAGCUGGGCACCGGUGCCAAUGCCAUGACUGCCCAGACUCUUGUACCAGGGCUCCACCGACCCCUGCCACCCCACCCUGGCUGAGCUGUCGCAGUUGUCCCUGCUCACCGUGGGAGAGCGCGCGACCUGGGCCACGCUCGAGGGAAGACCCCUCGUCUCUUCUCACUUUCCUUUUCUUGUCUCCGAGGCUCUCCAAAAAUUGCUUUGAAACCUGGAGCUGAAGUUCCUGGACAAGAGGAGUUCUUUAAGCACGUCACAGAGAAGAUGGUACCAUCAUAUCCCAUGUAGCAGGCAUGCCGCCAAAGGCUUCCAAUGCAGAGAGGAUGCCUCCCAGGGACCACACAUCCACCCCAGCCUUACUGCCUCCAGGGCCAGGAUUCAGGCCUCUGAGGAGCCCUUGGGGGAGAGCUGCUGGGCCAGUGGCACUCUAUGGGGCAAUGGUAGAGGAUGGAGAGGGCAUGGGGGUCCAAGGGCAGAGCAGGAGAGCUGAGGAGGCCACAAACCCCUUCAUCUGCUGUGCCUAGGCAGCAGGCCUGGUUGGAGGUGCCUGACACCAAAUGGAAGUGGAGAGACAGCAGCUGAACGGACAUGAAGGGUUGAUGCCAAAGCAGACGUUUUCUUCACAUCACCUGCUGCUGUAUAAAUAGCUAUAUAUCUGUUUUUCCAUAAGAUUUUGAUAAUAUAUACAAACCUUUAGCUGCGA